AUGUCAGCCGAGAAGAGGACCUAUGUGGCAAUGCUGCUGUGGAGAAUGAAGCAGAAAAUACAAGAGCAGAGCUUCGAGUGCGGCCUCACGGAUGGGAAGUGUUCACGCCCAGCAGGGCGGCUGGGAUCUUGGGGCAGAAUUCUGAGCGCCAGAUCUUGCGGGCCGCUGGGGCGGCGGGGGGGAGAGGGGGUCAGCACAGUCACCGCCUCUGUGCCGGUUCCCCAAAAGCGCCCCCUGCAGGCGGGCUCGGCUCCACGUCGGGGCAACCGGCGGGGCGGGGGGGCGGGCAAGGAGACUGUCGGUGCCUUCAGCCCGCGUUCCCGCCUUCGGAGAGCUGCGGGGUUCCGUGCACAAUCCGCACAACCGUCCUGGCCAGGCGCGUUCCACGAGCAGGAAUCCCCGCCGUCGCAGCACUUCGGGGGCCUGGCGAGGUGGCCCAGCCUCACCCCGGCCCUUGUCCCGCAGGAGGACGAGACGCUGAGCUGGAGGCCGCGCAACUGCUCCUUCCGCCCAAGGAAGGAUCCUCCGCGGCCCUGGUCGUGUGCGCGCCUCCGCUUCGUAGUCCGGAGCCUAGCGGACGCCCAGGCGGUGCUGAGCCGCCUGCCGAGCCCCGAGCGGUUCCCCGGCACCCGCCCGACCCUGGAGCUGCUGGCGGCCGCGCGGCGGGACGUGGGGGCCUGCCUGGAGCUGGUCCGGCCGGGCUCCUGGAGGAAGUCCCUGCGGCCACCGAGGAGGCGUCCCCAAACACGGAGAGCUGACUCGCCUCGGUGCUACGAAGCCAGCGUCAUCUUCAGCCUCCUGCGCCUGCUCACGUGGGACCUGAAGCUGGUGGCGAGCUCGGGGCCUUGUCUCUGAUCCCCGCCGCGGCUCCGCCUGGGACCCGAAGCUCUGCAGGAGGGCGCCUGGGGGACUGCCCUCUGCUGGCCUAUCGGAGCCGGCGAGUGUCUCAGCCCGUGGGCGCUGAGGCUCGGGAGACCUCUUAGCCUGCGGUUGGCCGGACCUCGACCCACCUGCACUGAGGGCCAGAGGUGCUGGUACUUUCCCCAAGACCAGACCGAGUUCCUCGGGAUGCAGCGAUAUUUCCGUCGGACGCGUUGCCUUAUGAUCUUCCAGGCGCAUGGUGUGGCUGGAAGAGACUUGAGUCUGGAGUCUGCCUUGGUCGCUGACCCCCACUGUACCAUGGACUGGUUUCUACUUCUGUGGUCUCCAGAACCCCAGAGGCCCUCUCCCAGGACAGGUCCUACCCCCGAAUUGAAUCUUCAACUGCCACUUUGAGACUGUGUAAAUCUGUGACUCUUGAAUCUCCCCAGUGGGGAGGCCCCAUGCAUGGGGUUUGGUAGUGAAAGGUUUUAAAGUUCUUAAGUUAUUGUAGUUUUUUGGAUUCUGA